ACACACACACACACACACACACACACACACACAUAUAUACAUACACAUACAUACAUACACACACUUCUCCCCCACCUUUCCACUUUCUCGCGUGCAGCCGAGGCGCUUUUCCUCUCCAAAGACUGUCUCCAGAAGCAUGUCCUCAGACAUGCAGCCACGGUGCGAUGAAGCGGACCAAAAGACGCCACCAGCAUGACAGCAUGAAAGCAGUGGCCAUGGCUAUUAACCAUGAACCUGGAGCCAGACACACCCAUUGCUUCCUUCUGUCAAAAAGAGCCUCUUUGGUGCUACACUGAACACACACUCUUCGAGUAUGCCAUCCAACUGCGAGAAAACCCAACGGACUGCUUAGCACCCACUGUUCCAUCUGAGUAGGAGGUGGCAACAAAAGACCAAAUGCCAUGGAUGUAUUCAAUUUCACGUACUGGAAUGCCUCUGAAGGCAAUGAUACAGAAGUUGUGGAAGAGAGUAAAAGCGCCUACAAGACUGUGGAGGUCGUGUUCAUCGUGUUGGUGGCCGGUUCCCUCAGUUUGGUUACAGUUAUUGGAAAUAUCCUGGUCAUGCUUUCCAUCAAAGUUAAUAGGAACUUACAGACCGUCAACAACUAUUUUUUAUUCAGCCUUGCAUGCGCUGACCUAAUUAUUGGACUUUGCUCUAUGAACUUGUACACAGUCUACAUAGUAAUGGGGUAUUGGCCCCUGGGCCCGGUGGUGUGUGACUUGUGGUUGGCCUUGGACUACGUUGUCAGCAAUGCAUCUGUCAUGAAUCUUCUCAUCAUAAGCUUUGACAGAUAUUUCUGUGUCACCAAGCCCCUCAGCUACCCUGUUAAAAGGACCACCAAGAUGGCGGGAAUGAUGAUUGCAGCAGCAUGGGUCCUGUCUUUCGUCCUCUGGGCACCAGCCAUUCUCUUCUGGCAGUUCAUUGUUGGUGGACGGACAGUGCCUGAGAAGGAGUGCUACAUCCAGUUCUUCUCUAAUGCUGCAGUCACUUUUGGCACUGCCAUCGCCGCCUUUUACCUGCCUGUCAUCAUUAUGAUUCAGCUCUACUGGCAGAUUUCCAGAGCAAGCAAGAGCCGUGUGAAGAAGGAUAACCGCAAGCCGUCAGGAGCCAAUCCAGAGCCCCUGUCACCUGGCCAGAGAAGGAUAAACACACCAAAACCCAACAAUAACAACGUUCCAGGGGAGGAUACAGCUCCUUCCCAGAGCCAGAAUGCUGAUGGAGCUAACCAGCAUGACCAGCAUGAUGGAAAACUGCAAAAUGGCAAGGGACCUUCCUCAACCUCUGCUGAGGGAGAAGCCGAAGGUGACGAUGUGGCAAAAGAGAACUGCAUUCCUGGAGAGGAGAAGGAGAGCUCCAAUGAUUCAACAUCUGGCAGUGUGCCUGCAUCUAUUCAGAAGGAUGAGGAGGCGGCACCAUCCACCGCUAACUCCAGUGCCGAGACAACCCAGCCCCUCCCAUAUCAGCGAGCCAAAGCUGGGGGCUCCAAGCUGACCUGCAUCAAGAUCAAGACUAAAUCGCCCAAAGGUGACUGCUACACGCCAUCCAACGCUACAGUUGAGAUCGUCCCAGCCUCAGAGCGGCAGAAUCACGUGACGCGAAAGAUUGUGAAGAUGACAAAGCAACCUCCCAACAAGAAGAAGAAAAUGCCGCCUUCACGGGAAAAAAAAGUUACCCGCACCAUUAUGGCCAUCCUGGUAGCUUUUGUUGCCACCUGGACUCCUUAUAAUGUGAUGGUGCUUAUUAACACCUUCUGCUCCAGCUGUAUUCCCAACACAGUGUGGACUAUUGGCUACUGGCUGUGCUACAUCAACAGCACCAUCAAUCCGGCCUGCUACGCGUUGUGCAAUGUCACAUUUAAAAAGACAUUCAAACAUCUUCUUCUCUGCCAAUAUAAAAAUAUUAGGUCAGCUAGAUAAAUAUGGGCCACUUAGUAGGAAGAAUUGACGUAUAAGGGGUGUGUGUGUGUGUGUGUGUGUGUGUGUGUGUGUGUGUGUGUGUGUGUGUGUGUGUGUGUGUGUGUGUGUGUGUGUGUGUGUGUGUGUAUUUGUAUUUGUGUGUAUUUGUGUGUAUUUGUGGGCAUGUUAAGGACUGCAAGAGUACAUGAAAUUACUUUCCACUGUUUUAUCUUUUUGUUUUUUAAUUUCUCUCUCAAUAACCGGUUGUAGCACUUUACUCAAGUUCAACUGAUGCCAGUUGCGUUGAGAUGUGUCAUGCAGAAGCACCAUAGAUCAGUAAGGUUGUGAAAAAUUCUGUUUGACUCUGAGUUGUAAGCUAAAAAAAAAACAAGGGUGUGUAAAGCAGGGACCACUUGGGAGUGACACUGAGCUGUUAGAAAAUGAGAAAAGAUAAAGAGCGGAAGAAGAUCGGCGCUGUACGAAAAUACAAGACUUCAAAUGGGAAAAUAGGGCUGACUGAAUUUACAAACCUAAACAGUUUAAAGUUCAGUGGAGAUACCUGUAGAUAACUGUACAUAUCAGUGCAUACUCAAUAUUUAUGUGGGUGUGCUAGCUCGGAGUAUGUGUGUAAGCCCAUGUGUACCCCUCUGCCUGCCUUCUUUCUGUCUGUAUGUGCUCCUCAUCAUGGCACUUCCAACCAGCAACAUGUAGGAUAAAGUGGAGCAGCUUGGGUAGAUUGCCUCUAACGUGAUCACAUCAGGACUGGAAGCUAUCCCAUCUAACAUUGAGCCCCUUUGGGAAGGAGUUGCCAUCAAUACAUAAUAUAUAUAUAAAUAUAUUGAAGCUGUACAAUUACCAAAAAAAGAUUCUCACUUGCCUCUACUGGUAGCAUUUUAUGGUGGUAAUUUUGCUUUUAUUUGGCCAAAUAUGUCUCAAAAUUUCUGCCUCACAUUAACAAAGGAAUGCAAAUGUGUUUUUGCUCACAGCCUUGAAAAAUGUCAUUUUAAAAAAAUCCAACAGCAGCACGUCUCUCCAUAAACAAUAUCCUGGCUACACAGACCUUUUUAAUACAGAGAUAAUCUAUCUAAGUGAGAAAAUUUUCUUUUUCUUUACAGGAUGUUGACCCAUUAUGUGCCAUAAAAUAGAGAUAUAUGUAUCCAUUAGAGACAACUAGUAAUUUGGAUCGAAAUAACCCCCAUUGGAACAGUUCUACUAAGUCUCUACUAAGUCUUCUUAGUCUUCCCAAGAGUUAGAUGAGAAGAUUGAUACCACUCGUGUCUGUAGAUAUGAAGCCAGGAUACAGUUGGCAUAACUUAGUAUAGAGACUGGGAGCAACUGGGGAACUGCUAGCCUAGCUUUGUACAACAUUUUAAAACAAAUCAGUCCAUCAGCAUCGCUAAAGCUCACAAAUUAACAUGUCAUAUCUCGUCUGUUUCGUGUGUAAAAUAACCAAAGUGCAAAAUAACAUGUUGUGGUUUUACAAGGUUCAUGUGUGGGACAAUUUUUUUUUGGCAGGGAGAAAAAAUCUUCUGAACUCUUGUUGUUAUUGUUAGGAAAUCACUACACCCAGCUCAGAAAUAGACCCUCACGUUUUCCCUGUAGAACCACAACUUGUUUUCACAUUGUUAAUUUGUAU